AUGGGGCUGGCUAUUGAAAGUUUCUUGGACGGGUUAACAGUUCAGACAACAAGAACAGCAUGGGAUCAAUUCUGUGCCAAAAAUCAUAUCAAAGGUGCAGUUUUCAAAUUAGUUCAACGAUCCGAAACAAGGUGGCUCCAAACAGUAUUGAUUCUUGAUAAUAUGUUUGAAAAAUUGACUUCACUUCAAGAAUUUUACAGUGAAAGAGAACAAUACCAAAAGCCUCUUGGACCUCGCAACAUUAUGGGUGAGUGUAAUGUCAACUGCAAAUUGUUUGUUGCGUGUAUGUUCUUCACUCAAAUAGUGCUCAGUAAGGUGAAGAUAAUUAACGACUGGCUACAGACCGCCAAUUUACUAUACCCCGUGGCCUAUCAACGUGUUGAAGAUUUAAUUUCGAAUAUCUUCGAGCUCAGACGUAAGGUGGUGUUAACCGAUUAUUUAGAAAAAAUGAAAUACAUUGAAGAUCUUGACGACAACGAAAAAUUCAUUUUGAAAAAGUAUUCAAUUCACCUGCUCGUUAAGUUGGGUGACGCGAUGAUUUUGAGUGAUGACCAAGAAUUGAAAGCGGAAGUUCAAAAGUUUCAAGAUUGGUACUGUGCCAACAUUGAAAAAGUCGAAGAAAUUGCAAACAGGUUAAAAAGAAAAGAAAGGGCUGAUGCUAAUGAGGCAAUACGUACUCUUGUUAAACAAGUGAGAUUAACAAGUACAGAUCAAACAGAAGCAAUAGAUAUCGCUGAAGAUUGCAGCAGUAGUGAAAUUGUUAAAGAAAAGAGAGCAAACGCCAUUCAACACAGAAAGCACAUAAGGGCUUUAUUCAAAAAAGAAGCAGAAGAUUUCUUAAAGAGUUGCCCAGUCAAAAAACUAACUUUGAACACCUUGUUUGCUUUGAUGAGUCAAGAAGAAAAGAAACAAUUCCCAUGUUUAUUCAAUCUUGUGAAAAAGAUGAAUGCUAGAGUCCAACCACUUGCCCAGUUGAAAGAUCUUUUAAUAAAAUUGGACAACUUGAUAGAGCAAACAUGA